UCUCUUUGACUCUCUCUCCUUCAAGACUGAAGCUUUAUUUCCCGGGCUUCAGCACCACCGAGAUUUCCACUGAGGUAGAAGACCAAUUCCGCAGCGAAACUUUUUUGGAGCAAACGGGAAAUCCUGUAGACAUCUUAACAUUUUGAGGAAUGGUCGAUUCGAGAUACAGUUACAGUUACAGUUACAGUGGUGAGGGUAAAGGGUCAGUUGACAUCCACAUUGUAGCUCGGAAGAAUGGCGUCAAGGGUGGUUUCUUUGUCUUCUUCUCCGCUCUCCUCAUUCUAGCAAAUUUCUUUUAUCUUUUCCAGCUUAAGGGCAAUUCGAUUGUCAUCGUUUUAUGGAGCUUCGUUAUAGAGGCACUUCUACUCAAGUUGUUGCUUUGGAAGGCUGUUAAGAAAGAGUCUGUCCUCGUUAUGCCAGCUUUCGGAGUUCAACUUGAAACUCACUAUGUCAGUGGAAAAGUAAUUCGGCGCUUCAUCCCUGUCGACAAGAUUUUGAAACCAGUUGUGCUGGAAUGUGUGACCCCGGUUACAUGUUACUGGUGCUUGUGUUUAGUUGUGUGUGGAGAAGCAGAGCUGAUAUCAGUUUUUGAGACAUUGCGGCCGCCGGUCAAAAUUUUAGUGCCCAUCUGGAAGGCUUUACGUGCAGCCACAAAUAAGGAAGAGAUCCCAAACACAUCUAUUACAGAAAAUGGUGAGGGGGGGCUACAGUGAAGGAUAGUUUCCUGAACUAA